GCAACCAUAUUAGAAUUAUAAAAGAUGUGUUUCUAUCGUAUGUAUCAGUGCCAACGGCAAACAUCAAACCAAACGCGUUUUAUUUCAUCCAGCUGAUUGUCUCUUUAAGGAAGGGUCGCGCAGGAGGCGCGCCGGCUGCAAAGCGUCCUUCUGGUUUCCAAGGCAACGUGGGAAAGGACAGCGCAGACAAGACGGGAUAGUGCGAGACAUAACAGCUUUUUUGGCAGGUUUUUUAAACACUUUGACAGAAACUUUCAACUUAUAAGAGAAAAGAAUAGGAGAUUGAAUGCUAUAAAUUCAUACCCGGUUGUUUAGGUAAGUUUUCACCCUUCUUUUGUCUUGACAUAAAGCGUUCACGCGAGCAUGAAUGCUUAGGUAAUUAUUCUAAAUGUAACUUAAUAUUCUUGCGCCAUUUCCUCAGGUGUAACGUUAUAGACCAUGUGGCUUUGCUCUCUGUGUUAGGUGGAAGAAUAGUCAGACUAUUUUUAUUUCUGUUUCAUAAAGCCUGUUCAUAUUUCGCAUUAAUUAACUGUGUUUGUUUAGCACCAGUUGAAUGGUAUGUUAUUUCUCGCUUGACUAACUUGCCUUGCUCAAUGAUUUACUCGCUUGUGUUCUCAGUACUGUAUAAGAAAUGAUACUUCUGUGGAAGGGCAAUGACUUUUACAUUCUCCUUCCUGAGUUUAAUACCUUCAAUUUUGUUUACUUAUUUAUUUAACAAUUUCUAAAUCGGUGUGCUUGUUUUGAGAAAGGACAAAAAUGUUUAAGGAUAUGCUUGCACGUGUGUACAUAAUAUAUGCAGUACAUUAAUAUCAAGAUGUUUGUGUGUUUCUACAGUUCAACAGGUGAAUGUGUGGACCUGUAUCUUGCUGCUGGGAAACAGAUGGAGAAAUACACACAAGCACUGCCACCCCAUUCUCCUCUACAUUCCCCCCAAAAUCAUUCAGAAGCUCUUUCUCUAUCCCCCUCUCUUCCACAGCCUGCCACUGUUCUGCCUAGGUCCCUCCCUUCCUCCCCAACCCCUCAGGUAUAUGGAGGAUCACACUGCCCCAGUCCCUCCACAGUAUCUGACCAGGAUGACCUGACCUGCCUCAGCUGGUUGCAUCAAAGAGGGAACCUGCUGCCCUUGCAGCCCCUGCCCAGAAUCACGACGCUGCCUCAGACUUUCGUGCCCAUUCCUGCCCAACAGCUGCCUUCCUCCCCUGCCAAACCCCCGUACUCUUUUAGCAGUCUCAUCUUCAUGGCAAUCGAAGACUCGCCUGAGAAGAGACUCCCUGUGAAAGGUAUUUAUGAGUGGAUUGUCAACAACUUUCCCUACUAUAGAGAUGCUCCGGGUGGAUGGAGGAACUCUGUCCGACACAACCUGUCCUUGAGCAAGAGCUUCCAACGAAUACAUAGAGAUAAGAGUCAGUCUGUUGGAAAGGGCUCAUUAUGGCGUGUUUGUCCAGAAUAUCAGCCAGCUCUUCUGGAAGUUCUUAAGAAAACACAUUAUUGCCAUCGCGCCAACAGCAACUUGUUGAACAAGCCUGUUUUGUUGGAGGCGUCUGAUAAUGGGCAGAACAUUUUGAGUGAAACCAUGGAAAUGUCAGAUCUAGAUUCUCUGUCUUCAAACCUGCCGUGUUCUUUGAUACAAGAUCAUGAGGAGCUGGUCCCCAUGGAGUCUGUGGAGCUUACAGAGGUUGCUGGCGAGGAUUUGGAGAAAGAUCCAUUGGCAGACAGUGGUUACAUUGAGUUACAUUAUUAUCAGUAUCAGCAAUAUCAGUACCUGGUUCUUCCUGGAGACGCAGAGCUGGACCUGGAGACGGUUGAGAUACUGCAGCUUGAUGCAGAGGCUCAGGAGGCUGCAGGGUCACUGCUUGAUCUCGCUGGAGGAAACCACUGAGAGGUUGCCUGUGUGCUAUGUACAAGCAUCAGGGAGAAGGGCCAUUGUGAAAACUCUAGGCUUGAUGUACUAUUGGCACUUUAUAACUGCCUGAACUUUUACUUAUUGUCAUAAAAGGUGCAACAUAAGCAAUCCCGAAUAAUGUAGUGAUUUGAAAAGUAAUUUGUAGCGAAUGACAACAGUACUGCGAGAGUAUCCUUGGAAUUAGUAUAUUGCAGGUAACUUUGGUUGAAAAAAGCAUCUGGAAAAUGAUGAACGCUCAUUAAGAACAAAAUAUUUAUCGUUUAUUUUCAUAUUUGACAAGUUAUGUGUGAAGCACUUCCAUGCCAUUGUUCAUUAAGUCCCUCCUAUUAAAAUUGAUCUAAAGAUUUCUUGUAUUCUAGGCUCAAAUAAGGGGGAUAACAUUCUGAUGUACUUUUUUUUUUUUUUUUUUUUUUGUAAAAAAAAUGAGGUUUUUACUGUAUGGAAUCGUUCAAAAUUAUGAACAUAUUCAAGUAUUAUUGAGACAAACUGCCAGCUUUUAGUUUGGGUAGAUGGAAAGAUUAAUAUCUAACCCUUAUUUCUUGUUGAUUAUUGUGAUUAGUUUUCUGUGUAGUAUGGUGCAAGUUAUACGUGUUUAUUUUAUUUUUUUAGUUUAGCAUGUUAAACAGGUUGACACUGAACAGAUGUUCUGAACACUCUGUCUUUAUGUGCUACUCAUUUAGCAAUAAAGUACUAAAAUAUUA